CACCCCUGAAAUCCUGAUUUAAAGGUGGAGGAUGUCGAUCGUCACGAUCCAGCUUGGCCAAUGUGGGAACCAAGUCGGCCGCGAAGUGUUCGAUACCAUCUGCGCAGAUCUGCGCAGCGGCCAGGGACUGUGUUCCAAAAAGGAAAACGAUUCCUACCAGGCCGCCUGCGAAGAACGUUUUUUCAGCGAAGAGAAACCUGGAGUGCUGGCCGCUCGCGCUGUUCUGGUGGACAUGGAACCCAAAGUGAUCGGACAGACUUUAUCGGUGGCUUCCAAGUCCGGCAGCUGGACAUAUGACCACCGGUCUCAAUUCUGUCAAAAGCAAGGGUCAGGGAACAACUGGGCAAAUGGUUACUGCGUCCAUGGGCCCAAACACAAAGAAGCGAUAAUGAACUUGGUCCGGAAAGAGGCCGAGAAAUGCGACCGACUGAGUGGAUUUCUCACCAUCAUGAGCAUGGCUGGCGGAACCGGAUCAGGCCUGGGUGCCUUUGUGACCGCAGACCUCAAAGACACAUAUCCCACCUCAUUCCUGCUCAACCAUGUCAUCUGGCCCUAUGGAACCGGUGAGGUAAUUGUGCAGAACUACAAUGCCAUCUUGACCCUCUCGCACCUUUACCAGUCCUCCGAUGCCAUCCUGGUUCACGAAAACGAUGCCGUCCACAAGAUCUGUGGGCAGCUUAUGAACAUCAAGCAGAUCUCUUUCCGGGACGUCAACCGAGUCAUUGCACAUCAACUGGGGAGUGUAUUCCAGCCGGCUUACUCCGAAGGAGCCACCCACUACAACAGAAGUCCCCUAGGGAGUCUAAUGGAAGUUCUUGUUCCCCAUCCCGAGUUCAAGAUGUUGGGUCUCCGGAACAUUCCUCAAAUGUCUGAAAAUUCCCUCCCCUUUACGACGUUCGCGUGGCCUGGGCUCCUGAAACACCUGCGGCAGAUGCUCAUCGCAAACGCAAAAAUGGAAGAAGGUAUUGACUGGCAGGUGCGGCCUCCUGCGCCUGGGCUCCCUGCCCCUCAGAAAGAGUCUCCGAACCGGACAGUUCGUUUCAACACCUCCAUCGCCAACCUGGUGACCUUGCGAGGCAAAGACGUACAGAGCGCCGAUCUAGGAGGUUUCCGAGACCCUGCUUUAUAUACCUCUUGGCUAAACGCUCCAGAGGACACCCUGACCAUCUGGAAAACCCCAAGAGCCUUUAAUAGAUAUGAGAAAUCCGCAUCUCUGGUGAGCAACAGCCAGUUUUUGCUGAAGCCCCUUGACGGCGUCGUGGGGAAGGCCUGGAAAAUGUUCGCUUCCAAGGCUUACGUUCAUCAGUACGCCAAGUUUGGGUUGGACGAAGACGCUUUUCUGGACUCUUUCACAACUCUGGAACAAGUGAUCUCCAGCUACGCCAGCCUCUGAUUUCAAAGCCAUCUUUCGCCAGCCUGGGAC